AUGGGAUUCUUUGAACGUGUCAAAUAUUAUGAUGAAUUCAAAUUGAAAGCCUUAAAGAUGUAUACUGACUUAAAUCAAAAUUAUGCUGAUGGAGAUUUAAAAGCGUUGAAAAAUAUUGUCUUAGACAAAAUGUACUAUAGAUUAAAAUUCGAAUUAAAAACACGUGAAGACUAUGGAAAUAAGUACUAUUGGAAAUAUCAUGGACUAGUUGAUGAUCCUAAAUACCAAUGCAUUCGUUAUUAUGAUACUGGUUUGGCUCAAUUGAUAAUCAAAUUACAUACUAAGCAAUGCAUUGUAGUGUUUGAUAAAGAGGGCAAGCUAAUUUCUGGGGAUCCAAAAGAGAUAAAAAAUAUUGUUCAAUAUGUUGUUUUUCAACGUAAAGUGGGAGAAAAAGGCGAUUGGGUGAUAUAUGGAUAUUAUAAUCCGGAGGCACCAACAAAAUUGUUCAAAUUUGAUUUAGAUAAAAACAAACUCAUAUCUGUUGUAUGA